GGUUGGACCGGGCCCAGUAGUUAGUUCAGUGUCCGAACCCGGUCCAGACGGUUCAUGAAUUGGACACCACCGACUUCAUUUGUGGAGUGCCGAUUGCGCCGGAAGGGAAAUACCAGCAUUCUGUUAGAUUCGGAAGGUGCGCCUUUCUAAACGCAACGCCCCAGACACCACUCACAGCCUCUUGUCCGCCAUGAUUUCCUACAAAAGGCAGGCAAACAUCCCAUCUUUUCCCUUAUUUUUAUCCCUCCUCCUUCUUUGACUCCAGUUUUCCAGGAAACAUGGCUCUCAACUCUCAGGGAGUCCUUGCAGCGGUGACCAUCGCAAUGUAUAUUCCCUUCCUGUUCAUUUCCCUCAGGUUGGUGAUGAAGUACGGCAUAUCACGAGGUGAUGGUUGGGUCUUGUUGUUGGUAUUUAGCAUCAUCCGGGUAUUGGGUGGUUCUUUGCUUGUCGCAGCUGAGGAUAUCACGCCCGCAAACAUUUCACUUUACAUCGGCGGCUAUGCCCUAGAAUCAUCUGGCCUGUCUCCACUGUUGCUUUGCACGCUGGGUCUUUUGCAUUCAGUGUUCUUAACACCCGAUGGCUUUUCGAGAUAUAAUAGACAAUUCCGUCUUCUUCAACUCCUUGGCACGGUCGCUCUCAUUCUUGUCAUCGUCGGUAUCUCCGAAGAGUCAGGUUCUAGCUCAAGCUCGAGUGCAAACACCAUGCGCAGGGCCGGUGUCAUCCUCUUUUGUGUCUUAUACAUUGUCCUUGUCGGCAUUUGCAUCUUUCUAUGGACACAAAUCCACUUUGUUUUGAGAUAUCGCAAGCAGCUCUUGAAGGCUGUCUCCAUCGCACUGCCAUUCCUGGCCAUUCGGACGCUCUACAGCGUCUUGUCCACGUUCUCUUCGGAUUCGUUCUCGGUAACCGGAACCACCGAGCCCAACACUAGCGACCUGGCAAAAUUCAAUAUUUUGACGGGCGAAUGGGAAAUCUACCUCGUAAUGGACAUGCUCAUGGAGUAUGCCAUUGUGAUCAUCUAUUCUGUUGCAGGCAUCGUGCUUCCCCUCAACGAAGAUUACGAGUCUGCAGAUUCGUAUCAAGAUGAAUACUCCUUGAGUAAGCCUCAGAUGUCAGCACCGAGGCGCCAGUGAAU